GAGUAGCAUCCACUAUGGAAAGAGGAUGAUUAAAGUCCAUUGUAAUAUAUGUAUCUCACUCAAAAUAAUCCAGUUGGGUUGUCUUGUUAGGAGUAAUAAUGCCACUCAAUGUUAAAGUAAUUGAUGCAUGAAAGAGUUAAGGUUAUAAAAAAAAGUCUUAAUAGAAACAUCAGAGCUGCUGUGACUGGUUGCCAGUCGUGCAAUACUAUUUUGUCAAGUAAGAGGCACAAAACCCAGCAUUUCCUCCAAAUGAAAAUGAAAUGACAGGCCGUGAAUACAUAACAUGGCUUGAGUAGCUUGGAAAGUGAUUAGAAAGUACUUAACCCUUGCGAGUGUUUACAUGAGGAGCUCCUUCAGUCAGAAAGAUUAGACCAGAGGACGUUGACCCACCCACACAAACACGUCGUGUACCAACACACACUCUAACCAAGAGUCUGAGAAGGUCCGAGUCGUCUGACCUUUGCCCUCACUAAUCUGCAACGCUGGCAGAUGCAAGAGCACAGAUUUAGCUGUGGAUUUAACAUGGUCAGGAUGGUUAUUAUGUGUAGCUGUACUCCUCUCUUCCUUCAGUCUUGGGUGGGAUCAGAAUGGCCAGAAAGACGACGCGUGGGCAGCGAUCUCUUCCCACAAUGCCAAGCCAAAACACAGAUGGGGAGGUUCCAGCACCGAAACAUAAGAAGAAGAGGGUGAGGAAAGACGUGAGUGUUGACGAUAUGGAAGAUCAGGGGAUGGAGAUGGGAGGUGUGUGCAGUCGACGAACAUCCGAAACUGGAGAGAGGCUUGCGCUGGAAUCCAGCAGCGACGCCCCACCGCAGAGGAGGAAGAAGAAGAAGAAAGCAGCUACGACCGACGCUGAAGACGACCAAGCCGACCUGGUGAACGGAGACACAGCAGAGCAGACCACUGACGGAGAAGAAGUGGUCAAAAAACCAAAGAAGAAGAAGAAGCCAAAAGUCGCAGAGUCGCAGCUUCCAGAUGAGAUCAGUGUAGAAGAAGAUGACAUCAUCACAGACACGCCCACCCCCAUCCCCCAGCAUGCAUUGUUCUCCGCCCCACAGAGUCAGAGUCAGCCAGUGGGGAAGGUGUUUGUGGAGAGGAACAAGCGAUUUCAGGCGGCUGAGCGUUCAGACUGGAGGAAAACCAGUGACCAGGUCGACAACAUGAAUGACUUCCAGCAUGUGCAGCCACUGUGGACCACCAGGGACGUGUCUAUCAGAGUGCACGAAGGCUUCAGGGUGUUCGGCCUGUACUGUCACGGCUUCCUGGCGGGUUACGCUGUGUGGAAUGUGGUGGUGGUCUACAUGUUGGCGGGGCAGCACCUGACUGCUCUGUCCAACCUACUGGAGCAGUACCACGGCCUGGCCUACCCCUCCCAGUCUCUGCUCUACAUGUUGCUGGCCAUCAGCACAGUGGCCGCCUUCGACAGAGUAAACCUGGCCAAAGGCUCCAAGGCUCUGCGGGAGUUCAUCACCCUGGACCCUGUAGCUCUGGCUUCGUUCUUGUAUUUCUCCGCCCUGGUCCUGUCCCUCAGCCAACAGAUGACCAGUGACCGGAUCAACCUGUACCCAGCCUUCAACACAACCUUAUGGCCCCCGGGAUCAGAACACCAGAUCCUCCACCCAUGGGUGACCAUCAACCUGGUGGUAGCUCUGCUGGUGGGCGUCGCCUGGAUCUUCAUCGCCACACGACCUGAGACGGACUACACUGAAGAUUAUCUGAUGACCAUGGAGGUGGAGCCGCCCAAAGACGACAAAUCAGAAAUGAUGGCCUGACAUCUGCUCCAACACUAAACUUUGUUGUCAUUUUGCACAUGUUUUUGCACUGUAUUUUAGCAGUGAACUCUGAAUGUGUUAGAUAUUUUUUUAUUUCUGAAAUGUCAAUGUGCUUGUCUUUUUAAAUACAAGGUUUAAACCAAA